CAACCUCCUAUUUAUCAGCACAUCCUUCCCCUCCCUUCUCCCAUUCUGAUCUGGUUCAGCCUGCGUGGGUCUCAUCCACGCACACGACGUAACUGCGGCGUGCGCGUGGACGGAUUUCAUGACAUCAUCGUCUGGGCGCAGCGCCUUUGAUUGACACCGGGAUCGCUUGUGACGUCGUUGCUUACGCCCGCCAUGCAUGGGGCGUAACCCUCGGCCCGCCCUCCCCUUCCCGUGUGACAUCGAGGAAAAGGAGACGCACGUCUCACACAAGCCAGCAUGUCCGACGCCGACCCCUCGUCGCCGACGGGCCCCCCGCUGCCUCUGGCCUCCCCUCGCAACCCGCCUCAGAUCUCCUUCCCCUUCCUGCGGGAGGGAAGCAGGGUUUGGGAGAGGGAGAGGAAGCCCCCCCUGCCCAGCGGAGAGCUGCCCAGCCCCCUGCCUACCAAACGCACUCGCACGUACUCGGCGACUGUACGAGCCAAAUCGGGUCCCGUGUUUAAGGGCGUAUGCAAGAACUUCUCCCGCUCACAGGGGCACGGAUUCAUUCGGCCCUCUCAUGGAGGAGAAGACAUCUUUGUCCAUAUCUCAGACAUUGAGGGCGAGUACGUGCCCGUGGAAGGGGACGAGGUGACGUACAAGGUGUGCCCCAUCCCACCCAAGAUGCAGAAGAUCCAGGCAGUGGAGGUGGUGAUCACCCACCCGAAGCCGGGAAGCAAGCAUGAGACUUGGUCGGGUCAGAUCAUCAGCUCCUAGACCUUCGCUGCUGACCCCGAGGGUCUUGGGGGAGGUCUGGAUUGGAAACGUUGGGAGAUUUUCUGUCACGGGAAGCAUGACAAAUGGAGAUGAAGGGGCGAGACGGGAGAGUCGCAAACAGGUGGACAGAAGGUUUAAAGUAAAAGAUUUGAAUGUAGCCUGCAGAAAUACAAACCGGAAAAAAAAUUUGCAUCGUCAUACAAUCACUUCAUGAGUGUGACGGGCCACAAUGUUAGGCACACCUGCACAAUCAAAUGACAAUUCCGCCUUUAUAAAACCUAAUAUUCAAUUCUGAGGUUGUCAAAUAGGUCGUUAUUUAACAAUAUGGUGGUUAGUGUGGUUUAGUUUGGUGGCGUUGCUAAAUAAUGACCAAAACCGAGCGGAAAAAUUACUAUUAAAGGUGGUUUUGUAAACAGUACUUGGGUUGGAUCUCAUUCGAUUGGGCAGGUGUACUAGACAUCAGAAUCAGAAUAGUUUUGUACUUUAUAAAGUAUAUGAUGAGCUUCUCAUUAGUCUGAAGGUCCCCAUUAGGUUUUUUUAUCAUCUUAAAUCCAUUUCGUGCAUGGACAGGAGAACUGAGCGUGGCUUCUCGUGUCGCGCCAUGACGUAACAAAUGAUUUGCAACCUGAAAAUGUCAUUCCAGCAUUGUUGGUGCGGGGGAAAAAAAAAACACUUCCAAGCCAUAAAUGUACAAUGGUGCCUCAACUUACAACUUUGAAUUCAAAUCGUGAUUACGCUCGGAACUCAAGACGCUCGUGUCUCAAAUCAUCUUGGAGCAUUGAAAUGAUUGGGAAAACAAUUAAUCCGUUUCAUCCCCCCCACAAAAAAAAAAAAAACACCAAUAUUAUUUUUAUGUGACACUUUUGUGUCAUGACUCCCACAAUGUACUUAUGCCUUCAUAUGACUUCAUGUCAGUCAUGCAGUAACUCAUCAUGUAAUAAGCAAUACUGUACUGUACUCAGUGUGAAAAUCAAGGAUUACUGUAGCAAGUUCUAUUGACAGGCACAUCAAUUUGAGAAGGUUUGGGAUUGGAGACGCAUUCGAUAAAGGGGAGGAAGUUGAUGUGAGAGAUGAGGAUAGGAUGGAGGAAGGAUAAAAGGAGGACUUAUUUAAUGGACAAAACUAUUGGGAGACUUGGCCUUUAGCACCUAAAAGAAGUGAAAAUGGAAGACAGUAUCGUGUUAGUUCUCUUAGUUCAACUUUUCUGGCGAGACUUGGGUCUGUGGGCUUUGUCCAUUUUUUUUUCUGCACUGCAUGAGGCAUUCACAAAUGUUGGUUUUCCCCAAAAAAUUAAAUGAAAAAAGAACGAGGGUGAUUGUUGGAAAAUGCAGGAAAUCGGUGUUCAUUUCGGAGGUGAUGGCAAGUAGGAAAACAUUUGUGUCAUAGGUUUUCAAUGACUAUUUACUAUUUAUUGAUUUAUUUAUUUUGUUCGUAACUGUCUUAAACAUUUGAGCAACUCUAAGCCUUUUUGAAUAUGGUAAACUGGACUCUUAUUUAGCAUUCAUUUCUACCUGAUCUUUGUCAUUUGAAAUAUUUCACAGUUUUGUUUGAGCAGCUCUUCACUAAAAAUCUUUUUGAGUAGUAACACACAAUGUAUGUGUCGAUUUUCACUGCUGUAUGUUAGCAGGCAAAAGCACUUCUGUGUCUUAUCGCAGCAACUGUCUCUUUUGGUACUUAGAUAUGAAUUGAAUAAACUGACUGUAUCACGUGAGUGAUAACAUGAUGGAACGAAAGCGACAGAUUAAACAGGGUGACUAUUUUGACCACA